AUGCCCUAUGGUUAUGAUUGGCCAGACGAACUAUAUGGCUAUUGGUGCAACAGUGGCUAUGAAAGCGAGCCGGACACCGAUGAAAUCGCCAGAGCAGAGGAAUUCUAUGAUGAAAGGGAGGAUUACAUUGACAAGUCUUUGUUUCCUCUUGAAUUUGAACCACCGGCUUGUGUGACCGAAAAGAAAGUGGAUUUGGCAGAUUUUGGUUCUCUUAAUCUCUUAAAUAAAAUUAAUGAAGAUAUUAUUGCGACUGUAUUUUAUUAUCAUGAUUCAGAGAACAUUGGAGACUCCAAAAUUAGUUUCCGCAAUGCCGCUGUUUCACCGAAUGUGACAGUUGUUGAUGGUGACAGAGUCAUGGCUAGAAGGACUCUGAUAUUCCCUAACGUUUACCAACAUCGUGUCGAACCGUUUGAACUGGCUGAUAAAACGAAGCCCGGCCAUAGAAAGAUUCUUUGCUUUUUAUUGGUGGAUCCUAAUAAUCAGCAAACCGUUGCAACUGACAAGGUGCCAGCACAACAGCAAAAUCUGUCGGGAGACAAGAUUACUUCGUCGGUGGACAGAACAUCGUACAUAAUUCCGACGGAGAAUUUGGAUUUGACAGAUAGUGCAUUUCAAUAUACCAUAAGUUCGGACGAAGCAAAGAAAGUUAGGGAAAAAUUGAUGAAGGGGAGAACUCCUGAAGAGGAGGAUGAGCGUGGUGGAUCCACUGCUUACACGUCUUUCUUCAUUCCUUAA